UCGAGCGGAUAUUACCGUGAAACUGAGGUCAGAAGUUCUCUCUCACAGCCAUCUUGGAUAUAAUGUCCCGAGUUGUAAUCAUGCCUGGCGAAGCCACAGAAACGGUCCCAGUCACCGAGCAGGAGAUGCAGCAGCCUCAAGUAGAGACUGCUCCACCUCCUGCCCCAGCUUCCUCCCAGCAACCUCAGGCAGCUUCACGCCCUGCCAAACCCAAAGGCAAAGAUGCCAAGAGUGCACAGGGUUCCUCUGCCCCAAAGGCUGUCCCCGGCAGAAGAAAACGAUCAUCUGUGUCUGCCUCUUCCGCAUCUCCCACUUCCCCAAAGUCCACUCCCUCCUCCACUCCCCUGUCACCUGUGCCAUCUCCUUUGGCUUCCUCACCUGGUGGCUCUUCUGCUAAUCAGGCUAACCGUGCUACCCCAAAGGUCGUCAAAGCUGGCAAACAAGCAAAACCUAGAAAGGGAGAGGCAUUUGUCCCUGCUCCUGUCCCAGUUGAGUGCAAGGUCACAGAGAAACCAGUAGUUGCUGAAGCUACACCAGCCCCAGUUGAGACAAAAGCUGCACCACUCUCUGCUACAAAACCUGUUGCACCUCUAGCUGCUUUUAAAGUUACCUCAAUGCCUGCUGUGGCAGCACCAGUUUCAUUCUCAGAUGCUAUUGCUGCUAGCCCUCCCAAAUCCGUUGACAUUAAGGCAGCUUCACCAAAAGCUGUGCCAGUUAUUGUAGCUGCUGAUGAUGAGCUCCCUCCACUUAUCCCACCCGAGAAACCCGUUAAAAUGCCAGUAUUUGUACCCCCUGUUGAGAAAGAGGUUGCAAAACUUGCUACAUCUCCUGCUAAAUCUGCUCCUCAGGGUUCUACUAUUACUCCUGUAGAGGCUACCAAGGUAACACCCAAAUCCAAGAAAGAUAAGCCCAAGUCAGUGCCUUUCGAGGUUGCCAAGAUAGCAGCCCCAGUGAAAUCUGCUCCUGUUGAAGCUCCGAAACCAGUACCAGAGGCCAAACCUUCUCUCGUUGAGGCUAUUAAACCAGUUGCUGAGGCUAAACCGGCUCCUGUUGAGGCUGCUAAGCCAGCUGCUGAGGCCAAACCUGCUCCUGUUGAGGCUGCUAUGCCAGUGACUGAGGCUAAGCCAAUAACUGAGGCCAAACCUGCUCCCAUUGAGACUGCUAAGCCAGCUGCUGAGGCCAAACCUGCUCCUGUUGAGGCUGCAAAGCCAGCUGCUGAGGCCAAACCUGCUCCCGUUGAGGCUGCAAAGCCAGCUGCUGAGGCCAAACCUGCUCCCGUUAAGGUUGCUAAGCCAGCUGCUGAGGCCAAACCUGCUCCCAUUGAGACUGCUAAGCCAGCUGCUGAGGCCAAACCUGCUCCUGUUGAGGCUGCAAAGCCAGCUGCUGAGGCCAAACCUGCUCCCGUUAAGGUUGCUAAGCCAGCUGCUGAGGCCAAACCUGCUCCCGUUAAGGUUGCUAAGCCAGCCGUUGAGGCCAAACCUGCUCCCGUUGAUGUUGCUAAGCCAGCUGCUGAAGCCAAACCUGCUCCUGUUGAGGCUGCUAAGCCAGCUGUUGAGGCCAAACCUGCUCCCGUUAAGGUUGCUAAGCCAGCUGUUGAGGCCAAACCUGCUCCCGUUAAGGUUGCUAAGCCAGCUGUUGAGGCCAAACCUGCUCCCGUUAAGGUUGCUAAGCCAGCUGUUGUGGCCAAACCUGCUCCUGUUGAGGCUGCUGAAGCGCUCCCUGUCAAGGUUAUUAAAGAAGUUGAAGAAACUAAAGCUGCACCUCCUACACUUGUAAAGCCAGUUGCAGAGAUUAAGUCUACCCCUGUUGAGACUGACAAGCCAGCUGCAGUAGCUAAGCCAGCUGAGGCUACCAAGCCGGCCCCUGUCAAGCCAGUUACUGAGGCCAAAGUGGUUGAGGUUGAGGCAGCACCUGCUGAGGUUACUAAACCUGCCAAACCAGCAGCCGAGCCUGCUGCUCCCCGUAAACUCACAUUUGCUGAAGCAGUGGCAAAACCUUCCCCUAAAAAACCUGAAGUUGAGGUAAUUAAUACAACUCCCUCUGAACCUAAACCCGCUAAAGCCCCAGCGAAGGUGGAGCCUGUGAUCAAGAAUGACAAUGGAUCCGGCACUGACUCGGACAGCGAUGACUCAGUCCCUGAACUGGAGGAACAGGACUCUGCGCAGACACAGACUCAACAAGCUCAGCUUGCAGCAGCUGCUGAAAUAGAUGAGGAACCUGUCAGCAAAGCCAAACAGAGCCGCAGUGAAAAGAAGGCACGGAAGGCAAUGUCAAAGCUUGGUCUCAGGCAGGUAACAGGGGUCACCAGAGUCACCAUUCGCAAAUCAAAGAAUAUCUUAUUUGUCAUCACCAAACCAGACGUCUACAAGAGCCCUGCAUCAGACACAUACAUCGUCUUUGGUGAAGCCAAGAUUGAAGAUCUUUCCCAGCAAGCCCAGCUGGCCGCUGCAGAAAAAUUCAAGGUCCAGGGAGAAGCUGUAUCAAACAUCCAGGAAAACACACAGACGCCCACAGUACAGGAGGAGAGCGAAGAGGAAGAGGUUGAUGAGACCGGAGUUGAGGUUAAGGACAUCGAACUCGUCAUGUCACAAGCCAACGUGUCGCGGGCGAAGGCUGUACGCGCCCUGAAAAACAACAACAACGACAUUGUCAAUGCCAUUAUGGAGUUGACGAUGUAAUGGGACCCUGUCAACAAAGGGUUGAAGAAAGGUUGCUGAUUUAAUCUAAGCUCAUUUAUACAAUUUAUACCCAAGAUGGAAAUAAAGUUGUGGCUUGAUGAAAUGAAA